AGAGCCCAAAUACUGACUGCCGGGGGCGGGGGGGGCGGGGGGAGAGCCUUUGUUCAGAAGCCGCUAUUCCUGGGCCGGGGGAGUAGUCACACCCCCAACCCCCGCACAGCCAGGGCGGGGCCUCGGGGUCACGUGCGCCGCCCCCAGUCCGCUCCGGACGGCCUGGGCCCGGGCUGGGUCAUGGCCGCGACCGCGCCCCGCCUGGGCCGGAAGCGGCCCCUGCCCGCCUGUGCCAACCCGCUUUUCGUGCGGUGGCUCCGCGAAUGGCGGGACGAGGCGGCGGAUCGGGGCCUGCGGACGCGCUUCGUCUACCAGAAGGCCUUGCGCUCCCUGCUGCGGUACCCCCUGCCCCUGAGGAGCGGCAAGGAAGCCAAGAUCCUGCAGCACUUCGGGGAUGCCCUGUGCCGGAUGCUGGACCGGCGGCUGGAGCAGCACCGGGCGGCCGGCCCGGCGGAGCCGGGCCUCAGCCAGCCGCCGGACCCGGGGUUCCCCCCAGGAGAGUUGAGGAGACCCCCGGAGGAGCCGGGACCAGGCCGGCCCAAGGCCGGCGGCCGCAGCAGCUACAGGCCUCCCCGGCACUCGGCCGCUCGGGCGGUGCUGCUGAUUCUCUACAGGGAGCAACUGGAUCCUGAAAGCCCUGGGUCCCUGAGCAAGGAGGAGCUGCUGCAGAGGUGUGAGCAGGAAGCCCCCAGGGGGCUCCCGAGUGGCCGCGGCGAGCCAUGGCCGGCCCUGCGCGCUCUUCUUCACAGAAACCUCAUCCAGAGCUGCCAGUGGCCAGCCAGGUACUCGUUGACCCCCGCGGGCCUGGAGCUGUCCCGGGAGCUGGCAGAAGCCGAAGCUCCAGAAGAGCCGCCUGCCAGCCUCCGGCCGAGAUCCGCCCAGUCCCCCUGCAGGGAGGCAGAGCACGGGCCCCAGGAAGCGCUGGCUCGGCUAGCCCGGGCUCCGGAGCUGCCCCUCGAGCUGCGGCCAGGGGAGUACAGGAUCCUCUUGUGUGUGGAUGUCAGCGAGACCACAGGGGGCAGCCGUCGACCUGACAUUCUGAGGGAGCUGCAGCACCUGGGGGUCCCCCAUGAUGUCCGGAAGCUGCACGUUGGGGACUUUGUUUGGGUGGCUCAGGAGACCAGGCCAAGAGACCCAACCCGGCCUGCUGAGCUGGUCCUGGACCACGUGGUGGAGAGGAAGCGUCUGGAUGACCUGUGUGGCAGCAUCACCGACGGGCGCUUCCGGGAGCAGAAGGUACGGGGCCCUCGGGCACGAACACCCCUCGACUUGUCCCUGGGUCCCUUCCACCCUGGAUUUAGCCUCAGGUCUCCUUGGGCUGGGUUCGAAUCCCACUCUCGUCGGGCUCGGCCACGGGCUCUCGGGCAGGCUUCCGCCGGGGCUCAGCCAAGGGUUUACCGGUGGGAGGACCCGGCCCCCACAACCCUCAGCCUGGAGGCACCCUGCUGCACAAACACAGGUGAUCGACGGCUUCUUUGUGAAGCGCACGGGGCCCAAGGGAGUCACGCCUCCUGGCCCUCCCCACUGGCCCUGGGCAGGUCCGAGAUUUGCUGCCGGCCCUGGGGGGACGAGGGAGACCCUGGGGCCCAGACCCCGCCCUGCUCCCUCUUUGCCUUCAGCACCUUCAAUGACAGGGCCAUGAAGAACAAGGCCCAGUCCGUGAGGGAGGUGUUUGCCCGGCAGCUGAUGCAGGUCCGGGGCAUGAGCGGGGAGAAGGCCGCCGCCCUGCUGGGAAGACCAGCCCCGCCAAGCCUCCUGGCCGCCUAUGACGCCUGCGCCAGCCCCCAGGACAGGGGGCCUGCCCUCCCUCCCUUGCCUUGCAGGAACCUGGGCCCAGCCCUGAGUCGGACCCUGUGCCAGCUUUAUUGUACCCCUGGACCUCUGCCCUGAGCCCUGAGGAGACGCGGCGCGGGGCCGGGGCACUGGGUGGGGAUGGGACCACAAAUGUUCACAUUUAAUAAACAUCUCAGACCUCCA